AUGUUCUUCUCCUUCAAGCCCAUCCUCGCCACCGCCCUCGUCGCCCUGACCCUCUCCCUCGAGGUCAGCGCGCACGCGCUCAUCUCGCCCGCUCUCGGCGUGAACGGCAACGGCGCGCGCGCGAACGUCCAGCGUCCGUCGACCAAGUCCCCCUGCGGGAACGCCAACAUCGCGUCGGCGUUCGCGACCUCCAAGGCGGCGACCCUUAACGCGGACGGCUCCUUCACCGCGUCGAUCACGAACUUCAACGGCGGUGUUGACGGCUCCCGUGAAAUCACCUCUGCCAAGGUCGACGCGUCUGGCACGGGCAAAUCUUUCGUCGCUGCUACAGUGACACAGAACGGCGACAAGGCUCCUUCGACCACCGGCACCCAGCAGCUCACCAUCAAGCUCCCCGCAGGCACCAGCUGCAAGGGCGCGGGCGGCAACGGCGCCGCCGGCGCCAACACUGGGGCCGCCACCGGGGCCGCUGCCACCACCGGAAAGAAGGCUGGCGGCAAGAAGGGCAGCGGCAAGAAGAACAAGGGGGCGAAGAAGGCUCGCGCUUUCGAGGCCAUCCGCUCGUUCUUCGAGUCGCAGCGCACCGCGCGCGCCGCCGGCUCGCGCGCUGCUUCGAUCGCCCGUCGCGCCGCCGAGGCCCCCGCCGUCGAGGCCCUCGCGUAA